AGUCGUUCGAUAUGGCGCGGAACUCGGUCGUGGAGAAUUUCACCAGAAGAUUUAUUCUGAAUCGUCUCCGCGUCGGCCACUCGUAAAUGGAUGCGGAAGAGAACGAACAUUGGAGAAGAGCUUUGGAGGAGAGAAAUGGAAAACCCAAUGGAGUGAACUGAAUACAGUUGGAUGUCGAAAAAUAUGAUUUAACGUGGAAUAAUUGAAAAGCUCAUUUAUGAAUAGUUCAUUCGUUCGUGGUUUAAACAAUAAGUGCUAGUGUCAAAGCUUUGUGGAGUAUUGGCGAUUGAAAGAAAUGAUUUUAAUUGAAAGAUGUUUUGCAAGAGUGCAAGCUGAUGGCACAGGCAGAGAAUGGUAUCGAUUUGCUUCUUACACGUGGAAAGAAUGACAAGUCGUUGAAUGAAAUUGGAAAAAUAGUUCUCCUAACAUGAAUUAUGUAAACAUAUCCUCCUUCAAUGGAGCACUUUUGAAUGAUUCGUCAAAUUUUUCCGACGGUUUCUCAGCCGAAAUCGAUGCCAGGAAUGUGUUUGUAAUAUUCGAGGACUUAAAACAGAUACUUGAUAAUUUAAACAUUAGUAACGUUACGGAUUUGAGUGAUUACGAGAGGUCCAAUGCGUCAGGUAGGGCUAAUAUCACCUGUUCAAAAAAUAGUGGUGAACAUUCGGGAUACAAUUACUUGGCGCUGGUUCUUAUCUUGUUUCCGAUUUUCACUUUGUUUGGUAACGUACUAGUAAUUUUGAGUGUGUACAGAGAAAGAACCCUACAAACUGCUACAAAUUACUUUAUUGUUAGUUUGGCUGUUGCUGAUUUAUUAGUUGCGGUUGUGGUGAUGCCUUUUGCAGUUUACGUUUUGUUCAACGGUACAUGGUCACUACCGGCAGUUGUGUGCGAUUUUUACAUCGCAAUGGAUGUCACUUGUUCUACAUCUUCCAUUUUCAACCUAGUUGCCAUUUCUAUUGAUAGGUAUAUAGCAGUUACACAACCAAUCAAAUACGCCAAGCAUAAGAACAACAGGAGAAUAUGGCUGACCAUAGCAUUAGUUUGGGUAAUAUCAGCGGCCAUAGGGUCGCCCAUAGUCUUAGGUCUCAACAAUACUCCACACAGAAUCCCGAAUGCUUGCCUGUUCUACAAUAGUGAUUUCAUCAUGUACUCUAGCCUAUCUUCGUUUUAUAUACCGUGCAUAAUUAUGGUGUUUCUUUAUUAUAGUAUAUUUAGGGCACUCAAGAAACGUGCUUUACAAUCGAAGUUGAAUAGAAAACCUCUACCCUAUGAAAUAAAACCAGGGUCUGUGAUAGAAAAUGUGACCAACACUAAAAAGUUAGCAGAAACAACGUUAGGACCAUCCAUUAUCGAAGCGGAAACCACCAAUACAGGGUCCGGUUCAGGAGAUGAGGAAGACGAUAUGGGGGAAGCUGAUUGUCACGUGAUAUCCAAUGACAAGAGUACAGAGUUUAUCUUAGCUACCGUAGUGGAAGAAGCAGCGGCGAUCUCCACUAUUGGGCAUACAAUUACAUCGAGGUCAAAAAAAGAGAAGAAGGCGACUGCUGCUCCAAGGUUCACAAUAUACAAGAUAAAUAAAGCUAGUAGGAAGAAAAGAGAAAAGUCUUCGGCAAAAAAGGAAAGAAAAGCUACCAAAACUCUAGCUAUAGUUUUAGGUGUGUUUCUUAUAUGCUGGGUUCCUUUCUUCACGUGCAAUAUAAUGGAUGCCAUUUGCAGCAAGCUGAAUUUACCCUGCCAACCUGGAGUGGCCACCUUUUUACUGACAACUUGGCUGGGCUAUAUGAAUAGUUUCGUCAACCCCAUUAUUUAUACGAUAUUCAACCCAGAAUUCAGGAAAGCAUUCAAAAAGAUUAUGUUCUUAGGACAGUAACUUGAUAUUUGGUACUGAUAUAUUAUCAUUGCCAUAAUGUUACCUCCAUAACUUGUGAGAUUGUCAGGAAUAUUGAGGAGACGUUCAUGUUGAAUUGAAUCAGAAUAAUUAUUAUUCAAAGAAAUUACACUGCUCUGAAAAUAUCAUUAUUGCAAUAAUGUGAAUAUCUCUGGUAGUGACUUCGAAAAUAUUAUUUCAGAAAUUCAUAUAAGUUCAACAAUAUUUUUUUCACACUUUUACGGUGCUUGCCUACGAAAAGAUGUUUGAGUCCUAUAUUGUUUUUGUACUUCCCUGAAAAUGGCUCAAAUGGGUCAAAUUAUGUUAAAAGGAGGACAAUAAAAGGUGAGUUCACACAGUU